AUGUAUGCGACUUGUAAAAAUAAUAACGAAAGUAAUACGAAAAAAAAAGGUAACAUACUAUCAAUGGGAGAUGAAGAUUUUUACGUAUUAAAAUUCCCACAAAAAUUGUGGAGGAUUGUUAAUGAAUGUAAUACGGGAGCGAUACAAUGGGGAAUUUACGGGAAGACAAUAUUAAUUGAUUAUAAUCUAUUUCAAGCUCAAUAUUUGGAAUGCGAAAUACCUAAAUUCAAAACGAGAAAUAUGACAAGUUUUGUACGACAAUUGAAUAUGUAUGGUUUUAAAAAAAUGCAAACUCAAGUUAAAAACGAUUCCUCUAGGUGUUGUAAUAUUCACGAAUUUUUUCAUAAUUGUUUUCGAUUUGGUAGGAGUGAUUUGUUGGAUAGCGUUAAAAGAAGGCCGACUCCAUUAAAAAAUACAAGAGUAGUACAAAAUUUGGAAUAUCAUAAUCAGUCGAGACUUCAUUUAUGUCGGGCAGCUUUUGCUAAAGCCCUUCAAAAAUCAAGGGAAAGAAUGCAUCAGGAAAAUAAAGAAAUAGUAGCUGUUGAAAAUAACGGUGAUGGAAAAAAUGAUCAAGUGAUCGAAGAAUGUAAUUUUCAAGUAAUUCCAAUAGAGAAUAGUUUAAAAGAUGUAGGAAAAGGUGAAACGCGUAAAAAUUUAACGGUUGAAGUUAGUUCCGAGUUUACCGAUUACAUCGAUAUGAAUCCCGAAUUUCAUGAUUUUAGAACCGAAUCGGAAAAUUCAAGUAUCGAAGAUAUAAAUAUAUUUGAAAACCAAGAUCUAGAACUGACGUCAUUAGCUACUGAAGAUCACACACUUCAUUUUUUUGAUCAUUCAUCAUUAAGUGAAACUGAAAAAGAUUAUUUUGUUGACAUUAAUGAAACUUCUGUUUUAAGAGGAAAUCAUUCUGUUCAAGUUAAAAAAGGUUUCGACGGUACUAAUUAUGUUAUUGAUUUGAUGGUCGGAUGUCCAGAUGAAAAAAAUGUGGAAAACGUCGUCACUAAAGUGCUUGAAACCGAAUUAUUUCACGAAGAAAAUAAUCAAAAAGUUGAAACUCAAGCAUCGGAGUGUUUGAUUGUCAUCAAUUCAUCGACCACCGAUGAUAAACAAGUUACCACAAACAGUGAUUUGGAAAGAAGACAUAUGUGUGAGACCAACACAGUUGAAGAAUUUUAUGAUUCCAUCACAUCUUAUUUAGGAUUGUAG